UGUCCGAGAGACCCUUUAAAACCCUACCCUUACAAGGAGAAUACAGUACAACUCACGAGUCGGCUCAAGCAAUCAGGCACCCGUUUCAAGUUCGAGUGACGCGAUGGCUCGCUCUGGCAGCAUCGACAGACUUGUCCUCCUCCUCCUCCUCCUCCUUGUCUCUUCGUACGCCAGCUCGGCCUUCGCCGAUGGAAUACUUGGCCGGAAGGGCGGCGCCAUUAUCAAUCAGGUACCCGAGCUGGUGUCGGCGGCGCCAGGGAAGUACGCUGUGAUCUUCGACGCCGGCAGCACGGCCACACGCCUCCACGUCUUUAGCUUCGACAAGAAGAUGGAGCUCCUCAAGAUGGGCGACGACGUCGAGGUCUAUGCCACGGUAGAACCGGGGCUGAGUUCAUAUGCCGGACGGCCCAAGGAGGCUGCCAACUCCAUGCUACCUCUUCUUGAGAAGGCCAACGGCAUUGUGCCUGGCUCGCUCAUGAAAGAAACACCCGUUAAACUUGGGGCGACGGCUGGACUCAGACUUAUCGGAGAUGAUAAAGCAGAGCAAAUCCUUGAAGCAGUCAGGGAUCUUGUCCAUACCAAGAGCAAAUUUCAGUACAAUCCUAGUUGGAUCAAUGUUCUGGAGGGAUCGCAAGAAGGGUCCUACUUAUGGGUGGCUCUAAAUUAUCUGUUGGGUAAACUGGGAGGAGACUAUGCGAAGACGGUUGGUGUGAUCGAUCUUGGAGGUGGGUCCGUGCAAAUGGCAUAUGCCAUUUCUCCAGAUGCUGCUGCCGCUGCUCCAGUAGUGCCUGAUGGGAAGGAUCCGUAUGUUACGAAAGAGUAUCUGAAAGGAAGAGAUUACAAUGUCUAUGUUCACAGCUACUUGCACUACGGUGCUUUGGCUUCUCGAGUAGAGAUUUUCAAGGCAAAGAAUGGACCAGUCAGCUACUGCAUGAUGGCCGGAUUCAAUGGUAAAUACACCUACAACGGAGAGCAAUAUGACGCCAUAGCGUCACCGGAGGGAGCAGCAUACGAAAAGUGCAGAGAGGAUGUCACCAAGGCACUGAAACUGAGCGCACCAUGUGAAACGAAGAACUGCACAUUCGACGGCGCGUGGAACGGCGGCGGCGGGGCCAGCCAGGCCGAGCUCUACCUCACCUCCAGCUUCUACUACAUGGCAUUGGACGCUGGCCUCAUCGACAGCAAGGCUACCAGCGGGAAGACCACCCCUGCAGCGUUCAAGGCCGCCGCCGAGAAGAUUUGCCCGAUGCGCUUCCAGGAAGCAAAAGCUGCAUACCCAAAGUUCCGAGCCAGUGACGCGCCCUACAUCUGCAUGGACCUCAUCUACCAGUACUCCUUGCUCGUGGAUGGAUUCGGUUUGGAGCCGACCAAGGAGAUCACAGUAGCAGAGAAGGUGAAGUACGGCGAUUAUUUGAUCGAAGCCGCUUGGCCUCUAGGGGAAGCUAUAGAGGCAGUCUCAGCCAGAACGCGUCACCAAGAUGCUUGAGUUAUGUACCUAGCCCGUCCGAAUAUGGUGCAUAUGUAUGAAGAUGACUAAAUCUGGCCUCCGAUGUGGCACCCAGUUGAUCAGAAAAGUCUUUCGUGGUUGCCGUUCGAUUUGCUUUAUUUUUUGCUUUGUGAUUCGUGGUACAAAUAACAUUGAGUUUCAUUGUGUUUCGAAAAUCUGAAGCGUAAUGAUUCGCGGUGAAACCUAAUGUUUUCA